AUGUCGGAUCCGUUUGACAAGAUUAUGAGCUCUAUGAGUUCCGUGGGCAGUGUUCGAAGGGGCAGCUCCAGCAGCGUUCACAGAUCGAGCUCCUCUUCCAGCCGAAUUCCGAAAAGAGACUUGCGCGAUCGGAGCAGGGAUGAGCCCGUCAGCAAGAGAGGCGCGACUGGAGAUAGUGAGUUUCAAUCAUUUGAAAUGUAUAUCUAUGCACAUAAUUUGUUUUUAGGCGUCUUUGCUUCUCCGAGCCAGCCGGCGCCAGGACGUGAAACGUUUGCGCUGAUCAACACUCAGGAGGUUCAGACAAACAUGUUCGCUCUGGUGCUUACCAAGAUGCCGCUCCGUCUGACACGUGCCCGUUUCGAGGUCACGCUUCACUUCAAGAAUGGGAAGUCUUUCGAUUUGAAUGACGGUCUCGUUGGUGUGUCCGGAGAGUACGUUGAAAAGUGCCGUGUAUCGGAAGUGACUUUCUUUUUUCAGUGUAAACGCGCACAACCGUCGCUCUGCUCAAACAACGAUUUUCAACAAAUUCUUCGAGCUCAAUAAAAAGCUCUUUGCCGGUCGUGAUCGCAGUUUUGUGGUUUACGACGGCGCCGCGACUCUGUACAUGCCCGACAUCGUCUAUCAAGGAGGAGAGGAGACGUAUGAGUACCAGAUGGAGCCAGGAGCGUUUAAUCCGCAGGAAUGGAACGUUGUGUCCAAAAUCAUUCGCAAAAAAAACUGCUGCUUCACCAUCAAAAUCUCGAAGACGGGACACGUCCACACUCAGGGACCCGAGCUCAAGACGGAGGCAAAUCGAAUGGAGCUGACUCGAUUCAUGGAGUGCCUGACUUCGUCGACCCUGAAGAUCGAAGAGAAUCUCCAAUUCGGAAACUCUACGUUCUCGUUGCUUCAAGAGCCCGUCUCUGAACCGGAUCCAGUCUCGGAAAUCCGUCCAGGAUACGCCAAAGUGGCUCGCGUCGUCGAGGGAAGAAACGGAAAGGGAGUGGAGGUGCUCAUGACAAUUGACACGAAGCUGUCUCCAUUCUACAAGGCGUGCUCUCUCCUCAAGUUCCUUAUUUCUCGCUACCAGGAUCUGAAGAGAGGACCCGGUGGAGGCGGUGGAGGUCGUGGCGGUUACAAUGAUCGCAGUAACUCGAGAGAUAGUCGUGGAGGAUACGGUGGCCGAAGUGACUCGAGAGACCGUCGUGGAGGAUAUGACCGUCGUGGAAGCGACGUAGGAGGCGGUCGUGAUGAGAACAGAGGCCGUGGGUAUGACGGAGGACGGCGCGACGAUCGCUAUGAUCCACGUCGUGGUGACGGCGAUUCGGGAACGGAUUACAACGCGAGCGAAUUGAAAGAAGUGGAGGAAGUGAUCGGGCAGAACAAGAUGGUCAGAAACAAUAUGGAGGCCGCAAUGAAGGGACUUUACGUUGAAGCGACACACAUGUCGAAAGAGUCUAACUGUAUUGUUCUCAUUGCUGGAAUCCAUGACGGGAACGCUGAAAAGUAAGUUCAAUUUCUUAGGAGUUGUCAUAAAUUUACCAUUUUCAGCACGGUUUUCAUGUUCAAAGACAAGGACACAGAAGAGGAGCGAGAGAUCUCUGUCGCCGAUUACUUCCUCGAGCAGUACAACUACCGCCUGAAGUACCCACGCAUGCUGCUCGUUUUCGUCAAGAGAUUCAAGAGUAUCUGCUACUACCCUAUGGAAGUGCUCAGAAUUCUGCCCGGACAACGCAUCAAAAUCCAAAAGAUGACGGCCAACGUUCAGUCAAUGAUGACCGGACGCAAUUCCUCGUUGCCUAGCAGACACGUGGAGCUCAUCCAGAGUAUUCUCCGUGACAGUCUCCGUCUGGAAAGAAGCGAGUACAUGGAGGCGUUCGGAGUCGAGCUCGACUCGACCAAACCGGUCCACAUGAGAGCGAGACUUCUUCCGCCGGCGAAGUGCAAGUUCAGUAACCAGGAGUACGUGCCGGAUAUGGGACGCGUGCAGUUCCGUACUCAGGCCCGUUUUGUCCAACCCGCUCGUGUACACAGCGUCAUGGUCGCCAUUUUUGAUCGAGCUCUCGAGAAGCGUCAGGCAGAGUAAGCUUUUUAUGUUUACAUUCAGAAGAUUAUCGUUUCUUUUCAGAGACUUCUGUGACGCGUUGUACCGUCACUGUCGCAGCAAUGGAAUCAUCGUUGAGAAGAAAAGUGAAGACUGGUCGAUCAGGGAAAUGAACUCGCACGACAAGGUCGACAUCAAAAGCCGAAUGGAAAAGUGCAUCCGAGAUAAGGAGACAAUUCUGGUGGGAAUUGCGCGCGACAAAAAGCCAGACGUCCACGACAUCCUCAAGUACUACGAGGAAAUUGUCGGAAUGCAGACAAUCCAGCUGUGCUCACAAACUGCGAUGAAAAUGCUCAACGAGCAAGGAGGACGUCAGACAAUCGACAAUGUGAUGCGCAAGUUCAACUUGAAGUGCGGAGGAGUCAACUUCCACGUUGACAUUCCGAGCGACAUUCAUGGAAAGAGCGUCGUCACCAAUGCAUCGGCUGUCAGACAGAAGCUGCUCGAGCACACAAUGUUUGUUGGAUUCGAAAUCACGCAUGGAUCCUCGCGCACACUCUACGAUCGUAUGCGUUCGCAGAUGGACGGAGAACCAUCGGUCGUCGGAGUCGCCUAUUCGUUGACAAGCUCGACUCAGCUCGGAGGAUUUACUUAUUUGCAGACUCAGCGCGAGUACAAACUUCAGAAGCUUGCGGAGAAGUUCCCGGUGUGCCUGAAAGCGUACAACGAGGACACGAAGAGACUUCCCUCAAAGAUCGUCAUCUACAGAGUCGGAGUAGGAGAAGGAGACUUCCGACGCGUCAAGGAGGAAGUGGAUGAAAUUCGUUCUUCGUUCGACACUGUUCAGCCAGGCUACCGUCCAGAGCUGGUUGUCAUCAUUGCUCAAAGAAACUCUCAUACUCGAAUUUUCCCGGCAUCUAUUAGGGGAGGCAAGGCGAUAGAGCAAAACGUCUGCUCGGGAACGGCGAUCGACAACGUCAUAACAUCCGUCGGAGUCGAAGAGUUUAUUCUCGUCUCGCAAACGCCACUUAUCGUGAGUUGUUCAUUGCUUUCAGUCAUUUUUAAAUCAUUUUCUAAUUCAGGGAACAGUUCGUCCGUGCAAAUACACUAUCCUGGUGAACGAUCCGAAGUGGAGCAAGAACGAGAUCAUGCACCUCACGUAUUUCCGCGCCUUCGGACAUCAAGUCUCGUACCAACCACCGAGUGUGCCGGAUAUCCUCUACGCUGCUGAAAACCUCGCCAAGAGAGGACGAAACAACUGGAAGGUUCAUGAGUGAGUUCAAGCUUGUUUUGAAGCAUUGAACUGAUGAAUGUUAUUACAGGAGGGAGGUUAGCCUGCAGGAAGUCGAGCAGCGUGUGCUGAAGAAGCACGCGGACUACAUCGACGACAAGAUGCGCGAGGAGCUAGCGUCUGCCAUCAUAACGGAGAUCUCAGAUGAGAUGAACGCGAUGACCAUCCAAAAGAGGAACUUCUGGGCCUAA